GGAGAUCUCACACGUUCGAGAAGCCAACGUGGGCAAAACCAGAAACGUGGCAAACAGAGAUACAUCGGCCGGAAUUAACAUAGAUGUCGAGUAGUGAGCUGGCAUGACACGUGUUCAUCGUACUCUAGCCUGUGUGCUAAAUAGGUAUUUCAGCUAUGGAAUUAGAAAUAUCUUUCUCGUGCUCUGGUUCCUCGUCGUCGUCGGGAAGUUCGUCUUCGGCGGCGGCGGUGGCGGUGGCGGGGGAUAACAUGGUGAGCAUAGAGCUGGAGGCGGCGGAGGCUCUGGCGGAUUUGGCGCAUUUAGCGACGAGAGAGAGUGGGAGCGGUGAUUCUGGCGGUGGUAAAUGGGGAAGUAAACGUAAACGAGGUAAAACGAGAGUCAAAAGCGAGUCUCCUCCGCUUGACUCGUUCUCUAAACCGGUUCACGACUCAGCCCCUAGUUGCCCGGAUCUCUCUUCCGAUCCAGGCAUUGUGAACCAGGUGCAGCAAUGUGGUGGACUACUAUGCAAUAGUGUCAUUAUAAAGCCUGCAAAAAUUGAGCAGGUUUCAGAUAUAAGUAAACCAAGUGAACUAAAUCCUGCUCCUUUGAAAACCCAUCCAUCACAUGGGGGUGGGAGGUCGAGGAAAACUUUAACUGAGGAAGAAAAGGAAGAACGGAGACUUCGUAGGAUAUUGGCAAACAGAGAGUCAGCUAGACAAACAAUUCGGCGCAGGCAGGCUCUUUGUGAGGAGUUAACCAAGAAAGCUGCUGAUUUAACUUGGGAGAAUGAAAGCUUAAAAAAAGAGAAAGAAUCAGUCGUGAAAGAGUUUCAGUCUUUGGAAUCCAGGAAUAAGCAUUUGAAGGGAAUGAUGGCUAAGUUAAUGAAAACGGAGGUAGCGGAAUCUUCAACAGACAUUAAGCCAGUCCAUGAUGAGAGGCUUAAUAACCCAACUAGAAACUGUCAAUUGCUCAUGUAUAACCAACAUCAACUUCCAGCACUCUGCUGGCCGUCCAUCAUUCCAUCUCCGAAUGCUGUCCAAUCGCAUCACGGGCCUCAGACUGCUAUUGUCAUUCCAUCAAACAUUUCCAUGCCACCUAAUGGGAAGAUCGAUUUGUCCCAGCAGCAUCAUCAAAAUCCAUUGACUGUCAAUGGAUCAGGGACACCCUUAUAUAUAGUGCCAUGUCCUUGGUUCUUUCCAGUUCCUGAUCAUGGGAAUGCUCUCCAACCACAGCUCCCCCUUGGGCUGAAAUAUGCACUAGACGGAACUUCUGUAAAUGAUCAAUGUACUAGUACUUCAUCUUCUAAAGCUGCUUUGCUAACGGAGAACCAACUUCCCUUGAUAUUUGGAAAAGUUAAAUCAGAAGCUUCCAGCUCAGCAGAAGUCAGAAUUAUCAAUGAUCUUAAUGAGGCACCGGUAGAACUUCCCUCCGAUGGAGGCGGUCAAUGUGCAGUACUCUUUCCAAAAGCAACAGGUCUUGCGCCGGUAACUGUGGAAGAAAUAGCUGUUGCUCCUCUGACUAUAAAAGAUACAAUUCUUGCUCCUGUACCACUACCUUUGGUUGCUAUUAAAAAUGAAAGCAUGCUCCGGUCAGAGUUUUCCUCGAAUUCUGCUGGCAUUUGCACCAAUUCUAGGCAACUGCAGAGUUCUCUAUCAGUUAAGAAUCGAGAUCCAUUUAAAUUCCGAAGUAAGAAAAUAGUGGACGCAGCUGCUGCGGCAGAAGCAAGAAGGCGGCGGAAAGAACUAACAAAACUUAAAAACCUACACAGCCGCCAAUGUCAGAUGAACUGCUGAACUUUUCAAGGUCAGUUUUGGCUUCUUGAUAAAUGAGUUCUGGGAAGCCACGUUAUCUGCCCUACUGUUUGCCAACACCAAAGCAGAGAAGACUUGAGGUCAAAUUGGUUAUACAUCGCUAUGACUGCAAUUAUAAGCUCUGUACUUUUCAUAUGUACUCUAUUGCGGGCAAAUUUGUGCUGCCCUCAUUAUGCUCAAGUGCGUCAAUGGAUUGGAAGCUGCGAGACUUGGAAGACAGCAUACAUAUGGAAUGUGCAACGAUGACUUGUUUAUCUCGGAAAGUAAGGUAUGGAAUCAGUAUAUAAUAAUGCUACUUUUUGGUGGAUUGAGCUAGGAUGGGCGGUGAAGAAGAAGCUAACUAAGAAAUUAUAGCAUAUAUGUAGUAAACGUUGCUGCAAUUUUGGUGGGUUAAGGAUGGGCAGCUAAGAAGAAUUGAGAAAUGAGCUUAAUAUGUUGUAACACAUUCUUGUUUUUGGAUAAUCUUUAGCUUAGGAGAGGGAUAUUUAAACCUUUUUAACUUGGGGAUUGAAUCCUUGUAUCUGUCUUGAUGCCUCUUGUACUUGAUUAGUUACUACUAACAUGAAUGCUGUUAACUAUAA